CUACAACCUACAUAUUCUUCCUCUUCCCAUUCAACUUUUUCAGUCCCUUCUUCUUCUCUUUCUAUUCUCUCUUCUUCCUUCUCCUCUCAUCCAUCCUUUCAUCCCUUCCUCCACAUCCAUUCAUCAUGUCUGCUCCCGCCCACAAGUUCAAGGUCGCUGACCUUUCUCUGGCCGCCUUUGGCCGCAAGGAGAUUGAGCUCGCUGAGAAUGAGAUGCCCGGUCUCAUGCAGACCCGAGCCAAGUAUGCUGCCGACCAGCCUCUCGCCGGUGCCCGCAUUGCUGGCUGCCUUCACAUGACCAUCCAGACCGCCGUCCUCAUCGAGACCCUCACUGCUCUCGGUGCUGAGGUUACCUGGACCAGCUGCAACAUCUUCAGCACCCAGGACCACGCCGCUGCUGCCAUUGCCGCCGCUGGUGUCCCCGUCUUCGCCUGGAAGGGUGAGACCGAGGAGGAGUACAACUGGUGCCUCGAGCAGCAGCUCACUGCCUUCAAGGACAACAAGAAGCUCAACCUCAUCCUCGACGACGGUGGUGACCUGACCACCCUUGUUCACCAGAAGUACCCUGAGAUGCUCAAGGACUGCUUCGGUGUCUCUGAGGAGACCACCACCGGUGUCCACCACCUUUACCGCAUGCUCAAGGAUGGCAAGCUCCUUGUCCCCGCCAUCAACGUCAACGACUCAGUCACCAAGUCCAAGUUCGACAACCUUUACGGCUGCCGUGAGUCCCUUGUCGACGGUAUCAAGCGUGCUACCGAUGUCAUGAUUGCUGGCAAGGUCGCCGUCGUUGCCGGUUUCGGUGAUGUCGGUAAGGGUUGCGCCAUGGCCCUCCACGGCAUGGGUGCCCGCGUCCUCGUUACCGAGAUUGACCCCAUCAACGCUCUCCAGGCUGCUAUGGCCGGUUACCAAGUCACCACCAUGGAGAAGGCCGCCAAGGUCGGUCAAAUCUUCGUCACCACCACCGGUUGCCGUGAUAUCCUCACUGGCGAGCACUUCGAGGCUAUGCCCAACGACGCCAUCGUCUGCAACAUUGGUCACUUCGAUAUCGAGAUUGACGUUGCUUGGCUCAAGGCCAACGCCAGCUCUGUCCAGAACAUCAAGCCCCAGGUUGACCGUUUCCUCAUGCCCAACGGCCGUCACAUCAUCCUCCUUGCUGAGGGUCGUCUCGUCAACCUUGGCUGUGCUACUGGCCACUCUUCUUUCGUUAUGUCUUGCUCUUUCACCAACCAGGUCCUUGCCCAGAUCAUGCUGUACAAGGCCGCCGACAAGGCUUGGGGUGAGAAGUACGUCGAGUUCGCCAAGACCGACAAGCUCGACGUUGGUGUCUAUGUCCUCCCCAAGAUCCUCGAUGAGGAGGUCGCCCGUCUCCACCUUGACCACUGCCAGGCUGAGCUCAGCACCCUCAGCAAGGUCCAGGCUGAGUACCUCGGCCUCACCGUUGAGGGUCCCUUCAAGGCCGAUAUCUACCGCUACUAAGCGUGUGUAAUCAAUACCCAGGAUCCUUCAACUGGAUUCCUACGUGUAACGAACUUUUCCCUCUUCUGUCGACAUGACAAUCGGCAAAAUUCUAGUUUCAACAGC